GCUCCUGCCGCGCGCGCCCUGACUGGGAAGAGGCAGAGGAGGCAGAGGAGGGCGAGGGAGGCUGUGGGAUAAACUGCGAGCCCUGGCACCAGGCAGAAACAUAGCCCUCCGCGAGCAAAGCUGCCCAGCUGAAGGGCCGCUCCAUGCGCUGAGGCAGCCUUGGUACCCUCUCUUCCCCUCCAUCAUCCUUUCAUUCUGGCGGUGGGCGCAGAGGAAGGGACCGCAGGACCAAGCCAGAGAGAGAGAGAGAGAGAGAGAGAGAGUCGGGUGCCUUCUCCAUCCCUCCCUCUGUCCUCCCAGGCCCCGAGGAGAGCGGGAGGAGGCGCAGCAGCCUCAGCGGCCCUCUGCCUGCCUUGCUGCCUGGCUGAGCGGGAGAGGGACGGACGGAGGGACUGACUGACUGGCCGCCUGAGGCAGAGGCGUGUGCGCGGGAGCCGAGGGAGAGGAGGGAGGUGUGAGGAGGAGAAAGCUUGAGGAAGAGAGGAGGCGGCGGAGGCUCAGGAGCCGAGCACGGAUUGAACCCUGGGCUUGGAAGCCCCCGCCUGAGGAGGAGGCCUGAGGGGCUGGGGGCAAAGCAGGACUCCCCCCUCCUCCUCCUCUUCCCUCCUGCUAAUCCUCCUCUUCGCCCUCCCUCCUCUUCUUCCUCCCUCCUCCCCUCCUUUUCUUCCCUCCCUCUUCCUUCUCCUUUUCUUCCUCUCCCUCCCUCCCUCCUCUUCCUCCUCUUCCCUCCCGUUUUCUCCGCAGCGGCAGCCCAAGCUGUGGCUCCUCCGCUGCUGCUGCUGCAGAAGAAGAAGAGGCAGAAGAAGCGGCAGAAGCAGCCGAGGGGGCGAGGGGCUCCGUGGCUGCCGCUGCCACUCCUCCUCCUGCUGCCCCCCCCCUCUCUCUCUUUCUGCUGCUGGGCCUGAUUGAUGGCGGUGCCCGGGGCCAGCAGAUGGAAGAAGGCUGGCCCCCGCUGCAGAAGAAGCCGCGGGCGUGAAUGAGGGGGGCUGGCCUGGCCUCGCCUCCUCCCCGCCGGGAUAAGAAGAAGGACAGGCAGCGGCAGCGGGGCCUCUCUCCCUCUCCAGCCCCGGGGAGCUUGCAUCUCUGCCUCCAUCUCCCUCCUCGGCUCUUUGCGGAGGGGAUGCGCGGCCGGUGCCUCGCCACAGCCGCCCUCCUCCUCCAGGAGCCCGAUGUCAGCACCGGCCCAAGGGCUCCUGCUGCUGCUGCUGCUGCUUCCUCUUCGCCUCCUUCCUGCCCCUUCUGCUUGUUGGGGAAAUGAGGCGAGGGCCCCCCUCUUCCUCCGGGUGCUGCUGCCUCCGACGGCGGGGGUGUUAGCAGGAGAAGGCGCCAGGGCUGCGCACUCCGCCAGCCCCCUCUGCCCCUGAGCCAGGAGCAGCCGCCGGGCACUGGGCAAGGGCUGCUCCGGCUGCUGCUGCUGCUGCUCUUGCUCCAGGAUUCGUUCUUCUUGUUUCUACACUAUUUCUCUUUCCCUCCCCCGAUCCUCCUCUGGGCCAGAGGCUGGCCAGGGCUCCCCUUCUCCCUGCAGACCGAGGAUUGUGCUGCUCCUUCUCCUCCUUGCUGCUGGAUCUGUAGCGCAGAGGAGGCCAUGGGGGAGAGGCUCCUCGGACUGGCUCCCUAGGCACACACGCCCCGGGCGACUACUCCGGGUUGUAAGAGAGACAUCGAUUUAUCCACACACACAUAUAUAUUUCCACCCCCCCCCCCGCUCUGCUCCCUCAUGCCUGGAGGCGUCUGCCUGUAAAGCCCAUCGCUGAGCAAGGCCACCUGGAUUUCGUGGAAACACCUGGCAGAGGGACCACGGCGGAAGGCAAAGGAUUGCCAACCGAGGAGGAAGAGGAGGAAGAAGAAGAGGAGGAGGAGGAUCGAGCCUUGCUAACUGCCAUCCCCUCUUCCCCCAGGCAUUGGGGGGAUAAAGUGAAAUAAAGGAUCUCCUUGGAGGAAUUGGCCAGCCAAGCAACCCACGCCGCACGCCUCCUUGGUCAUCAUGGGGGAACAACCCAUCUACAGCACCCGAGCUCAUGUCUUCCAGAUUGAUCCUAACACGAAGAAAAACUGGGUUCCCACCAGCAAGCAUGCUGUUACAGUGUCCUACUUCUAUGACAGCACAAGAAAUGUCUAUAGGAUAAUCAGCUUGGAUGGCUCAAAGGCAAUAAUAAAUAGUACCAUCACUCCCAACAUGACAUUCACAAAAACAUCACAGAAGUUUGGUCAGUGGGCAGAUAGCAGAGCAAAUACUGUUUAUGGCUUGGGAUUUUCCUCUGAACAUCAUCUGUCGAAAUUUGCAGAAAAAUUUCAGGAAUUCAAAGAAGCUGCACGACUAGCUAAAGAAAAAUCCCAGGAAAAGAUGGAAUUAACAAGUACACCCUCACAGGAAUCUGCAGGUGAUAUUCAAUCUCCUCUUACGCCUGAGAGCAUUAAUGGAACAGACGAUGAAAGGACUACCCCUGAAGUGACGCAAAACUCAGAACCAAGGGCUGAACCAACCCAGAAUGCAUUGCCAUUUGCUCAUAGCUCAGCAAUCAGCAAGCACUGGGAGGCAGAACUUGCCACACUCAAGGGUAACAACGCCAAGCUUACAGCAGCUCUGCUUGAGUCCACUGCCAAUGUGAAACAAUGGAAACAACAGCUUGCUGCAUAUCAAGAGGAAGCAGAACGUCUGCAUAAGCGAGUGACUGAGCUGGAGUGUGUGAGUAGUCAAGCAAAUGCUGUCCAUACUCACAAAACAGAGUUAAACCAGACAAUACAAGAAUUAGAAGCAACGCUGAAGAAAAAAGAAGAGGAAAUAGAAAAACUGAGACAAGAAAUUGAUAAUGCAAGAGAGCUUCAGGCACAGAGAGACUCCUUAACGCAGAAGCUACAAGAAGUGGAAGUGCGAAACAAAGACCUGGAAGGACAACUAUCUGAUCUGGAGCAGCGUCUGGAGAAAAGUCAGAGUGAACAAGAAGCUUUUCGCAAUAACUUGAAAACACUUUUAGAAAUUCUUGAUGGCAAAAUCUUUGAACUAACAGAACUACGAGAUAACCUGGCCAAGCUAAUAGAAUGCAGCUAAAGGAAAUGGGAAUUCAGUGCCAACCUUCUUAAAGAUGCACUGUCUCUCUUCAUAGGACUUUGUUGGGCUCUGCAUCAAAGUUGCACAAAAUUAGGAAAAUGCUCUUCCAGGAGGGCCUGUUUUAAAUUUUCAACAGUAUAUUUCAGUGUAAAAUUUUAGAAUUCAGCUUGUAGCUAGUUGGAAAAAAAAUAACUUGAAUUACAAAUUACCUCCUUGUAUAUAAUUGGCCAUAGAUAACUCGAAAGAUAUUAACAGUAAUUGAAUGCAAUCCUUUUCUAAUUAUUAGACAGUGAAAUAAUGAGAAGUACCCCAAAUGGCAUACCUUCUAGUGUUAGACACAAUGUAGAUCUGUUUUAUUUUAUUUUCUUGAUCAAGGUACCUAAUAGCUGUGUUUUGUGCAAGAACUUUGUGAUGACAGCCCUGUCUUUUGUUGUAAUCUUAAUCAUUUCUCAGGAUAUUUUGCACUGUUGAGAAACAGUGCAUUAACAAUUAAUUCUUGCCAGGAGUGAGAGAGCUUUGCAUCUUUAAUUAAAGCCUAGUGAAUAACUGCUUGUAUAGAGUUCUUCCCUUUUUUAUACUGGAAGAUACUGUAUUUAUUUAUGAUGUUCACUCUGGUGUUUAACAAUAUUGUCCAGUGUAAGGUUUACUUUUCCCUGCUUUUAGUCCAUGUAUGUAGAAGUUCUGUAUUCCAUUUUGUUACACAUUUUGAAGCCAAUCUGUGAAGACAGGUGAGUCCCUCAAAAGUAUUUUAAAAUUCCCUAUACACGGAUAAGUAUAAGGGUCAAUCUAGUCUUUUUAAAUGUCACAUGGGUUUAUUUCAUGGUGUUACUGAGAUACAUUUUAAUAAUUUAUUUAGCAAAAAACCUUAAUGCUGUAGAAAUAGAGUCAUAGACAGAGCAUUCUCUUUAUGUUGACCUCCCUUGCUCAGUCACUUUCUUUUUUAAGACCCAGUAGAAUGGUAAGAAAUUGAUACAGGAUUUCUCGCUCUCUCAUUUUCUAUGUGUUGGGAUCUUCACGUCUUAUCAAAAAACCACACCAGGCAAUAUUCUGAAUUCAAAACAGGAACUGAAUUCAGUUAUCCUCAGUGAACAUGUUUUAAAGUUGUUUUGAUGUAAUUUACAAAAGACUUUUGCCAAACAUGUAUUUCUUUAUAUAUUUUUUAAUUUAAAGAGAAAAAAACCUGAAAAGUAAGCCAAGUGUCAGAUUUCUGCUUACUGAAUGGAAACUGCAUUAUGGGACAGUCUUGCUGUAAACUGUCUAAUAUUGGAGAGGAUUUUAAAAUAGGAAUGAAAAAGAAUCAACCACAAAGAUGCACUGACCUUUUUAUUUACACCCAAAUUAAUUUGAAUGUUAAAUACAAAAUCCAGCUUCAAUAUAAACUCUGUACAAAAGGCAAUUUUUCCACUUAAGGACUGCUAUUCAAAACUAGAUAAUAUAAGUCGGGUUUUUUAUGUGUGUACUGUAUGUAUAUACUGUAUAAUACACGCAUUCUGAUUUGUAUUCAAAGUGGGAGAAGAUACAUGGUUUAAUUUGUAAAAUGCCAUUUUCUUUAUCUGUAAUCUAACAGCUGUCUCCUGAAAUGUCAGGAUUACUGUUUAAUGAAACACUAAAUUAUCAUGUAUUAUACUGUAUGUACUGUACACAUCAUUUACAUUUCAUCCCUAUUUUAGACUAUUUUAUCACUUUAUUUAUUUAUUAUUGGGGAAAAUAUUUUUCAUUACAUUCAUAGGUAAAAGCUUUCUAUGGUGAGUUGUUUUUUUCUUUUUUAAACUUAAUAGUUAGAUGUUGAUGAUGUGUAAUUUUAUGAGGUCCAGGACAGUCGUGAUUACCUGAUUUUAAUUUACCUGGAGACGUUUGUACCUGAUUCUCUUACUAUAUGAGUGUCAAUUGGAAACAUCUUCAGCAAAGUAUAAAAUUGGUGUAAUUGUGAAAGGAAUGAAGUAUGUACAUGCUGAGUGUUCUUAAUUAUAACAAGUUAGAACAAAAAUUCGAUGGCAAAAAAAAGUAACAUUAUUUUUAAUGAGAUCAAAACUUUUAAUACAACAUUUACCAGGUGGGAAAACAGUUUACAAAAUAUUUCCACUUAAAUGCUGUGUAUAUGUGUGGUACAAAAAAUUUCUUUGUAUAUGUACACACACAUAUGUAUAUAUACAAUACAUGGAAAAAAUUUAAAUGUGCACAUUUUUAAUAUUUUCCUAUUGAAAUUAAAUUUAAAAAUUGGAAAUCAAUAUUUGAGAAUUUCUUUUCUCAUGUAUAUUAAGAUGCUUGACUUUGGGUUCUUAUGUUUGUAAAAAAAUAAAAUCUAUGAGGGCUGCACCAUUGAAUUUCCCAAAAAAGUCAUCUAAUAUGUAUAUGGGAUAAGGUGGACUUAAGUGCACAUAUAAAUGAAAUCCUAUUGUUAAGAAUAUUUUAAUGAUCAUUUUCCAGUAGGUGGGCAUUUAGAAAUUGUACUCUAGGAAUUGUACUCUGAAGUUCCUAAUUAGGAGUUCAUACCUACUGUAGGUUCAAUACUUCUGUAUUAAGAAAAUAAUUGGCAUAUGGGAAAAGGUUAUGCUGUUUCUCAGAAACAGGUAUUAUGUAUUGUAUUUAUCAUAAGAUAAACUGUGGGGAUAUAUACAUGCAAGAAAAUAAUGUUGGGUAUUAUAGACUUCUGAAACAUGCAAAGAACUUGCAUAGAAGAACAAUCAUAUUGUGUAUAACUUGGUAUAUGACAAGUAUGGAAUCUUGUUUUUAAAAAAAACCUUUUAAAACCCAACAAAAUACAGUUUUUAUUUUGAAAUACAGUUGUUGUUCCAGAGAAUGUAAUUUACUCAUUUAUUUUCUUCUUGAACUGUUGAAUGGAUGGCAGCAUUUACCUUAAUCCUUCAGGUGCUACUGGGUUUUCAAUUAGAGUGUCAUGUUGUGCAAUUCUGAUUUUGACAUAAAAUGGUUUUCUAAGUAUAUCCCUGUUUGGAAGCUGGUUAUUGCAGCCUCUUACUUAUAACUCUGUCCAAGAAUGUUGUAGCCACUUUAUUCAUCCAGCACCAACUCCAGAAUUAGUUGCUCCCAGAGCAUAGGAUUCAGCCAGUGAGGAUAACCAGCACAGUUGCUUGACUUCAGCUCAGUCCUGUGCAUCUUUACUCAAAGUUAAGCCACUCUUUGUCUGGUGAGGAUUCCUCUCUAAUAAAUAUGCUUGGAACUGCAACUUUAGUAAGCAAGAGAAAAUGUAAACAUAGUUCGCUAAUUUUCUAAGAAACACAUUAUGCAAAUAAAUUAGAAUUUAUAAGAA